UCUUUCUUGAGGCUGGCUGUGGCUGUGUUUUUUCUUCUCUCUUUUCGAAUUUUCUAGUAAACAAAGAGCUUGUAAAAGGGAAUUUUCGCACUUGCCUUGCCAGCCAGCGAAGAAGUGAACUUGCCCCUUUUCCAGAAGUACCAAGUAAUCUCAGUUGUCUUUCUGUUACGUUAUGUUUCUGAUGCGGUAAUAUUUUGAUAGCGAAGCUGCGUGGUUUGAUUUCGUGUUUUUGUGUGAUUCUGGCUCAGAAUAAAGAGGUCACCGAGAGGACUUAACAAUGCAUCCGGCAGUAGUGGGCCAUCGGGUGACAAUCGAUACCCUGAAUGCGGCCACCGGAGGGUCGGACCCCGUCGAAAAUGAUCCGGAUCCGGAUAGUCCCGUGGAGGAGGCGUUCGAGGAAAGUAUGUUGUCCAUAGACAAACGGUUUGCUACCCUAACAACAACCGCAGCAACUGUUCCUCCAAAUAGCUUUGCUUCCGGUUUGAGAAGACAUCACGGUCAAGACAUUUGGCGCCGUCCCUCGAGUCGUGCGGGGCCAAGCGAUUCCGCGGCCUAUUUCGAGAUCCUGUUCGCUCGAAUUCUUCCAUCUGGUGAUGGGCUCGUCGCGGAAGGCUGUGCGGCCUCAUCGCCCGGUGGCAAACGGUACGUCGUCUACGAUGUGAGCGUACGCAAAAACAACGAUAGCGCCAGCGAUCCACAUCCAACGACUAUCGAACGACGCUAUACUCACUUCCUGAAGCUGUACGAGAGCCUCCGUAAGGAAUCGCCGCAGCUGCUGCAGUCCGUCAAUUUUCCCAAGAAGGUGCUUAUGGGCAACUUUAGCCAGGAACUGGCCGGGGAACGGAGUAUGGCCUUUGAAAGCUUUUUGGACUACAUCAUAACAGUGCCUUCGCUGCGUGAUUCGGAGCAUUUUCUAGAAUUUUUACAAUCCGACGAACUGCGCAGGGCUGGACAGCUAGUGGACGAGCGAAGGUACGAGCUGGCCGUUCCGAUUCUGGAGAACAUCUUCCGCGUGCUGAACAAAAUCUUCCUGGAUAAAUCCAAAUGGGUUCUGUUGCUGCUGUGUCGUCUGGUAACUGCCUGUACCACUUCGCCUAUUCCGCACCCACAGGCAGAACAAUGGGCUGAAUUGGCUUUGCGACGAUACGAGCAUGUCUGCGAUACGGAACUAUUGGUACUCUACAUUCCCCUGCUUCAAACUUGCUUGCAUUUAUGGUGGCAACGUGGUCGGGAUCGCUCCCUUUUAGAACAACGCCUAGACGAGAUGGGCAAGAAAGGUAUCAAAGUAAAAGGCGGCCCUACCCUGGCCCAAGCUAUCCAUGCUCUGGAUCCUCGAUCGGAAACCACGUAACCAAAUGUGGCUGCUGGUAACAGAUGGGUCCCCCAAAACGCGCGAUAGCAGUAAGUAUUCAUUUAUCCACCUUUACACUUUAAUUAUCGGUUUUCAAAAAAAAAAUCUUUGCCAUUGUUUCGUGUUAGCUUCUCUGGGUAGAACAUAGAUUUUAUAUGUUUGUUAGGAUAGCUUUUGCCAAGUGCACUGGUAUUGGCAUAGUAUUGUGAUGAUCCGGAUAAUUAGGUACAAAAUUAGCUCAUUAGCUCAUCUGUAGUGAAAUUUAUAACGUUUAUGUUUUAUGGUUGUGUUGUAGUAAAAAAAAAAGGUUUACGAAUCAGUUGUCUCGGACCAGGUUGAUAUACACAUACACCUAUUAGCUCUCCUGUAAGAAUAACCACCAUGAUAAUGAUUGUUCUAUGACAGCGAUUAGGUACCUUCUCGAAAUCAAAACACUGCUCAGUGUAUAUCAUAUCAAUUUUAUAUGAUAUUAUGUUCAUCAUUUGUGGCAAUAUACAUGAUAUUAAUUUUGAA